AUAAACAUAACCUACAAAUUCUAUAUGACCUGCGGUGACCUUUUACGUUUAAAAAGCAUUUUUUUAUUUUAAUUUCAAAUGUGACAUUCUAAAAAUCAAAAUGACGAGCCUUAACGAUAUAGACACCAAUUUCGUAAAAUGUAUCGGUUAUUUACACGCCAGUGAGAAUUUGACGGUCGGUGAUAAAGUGCCUCUACAAAUAUUCCUUGAAGAAGCAAUAAAAAGCAAAACAGGGACCACAAAAGAUUUUACAAGCCUGGUUUCAGUUUGUCUGAAGCAGCACAGGAUAGAUGACAUCAAGAUUAUCAAUUAUGAGGAAAGUAAACAGUCUAAUUCGGAUAACGAGUUGGAGCUGGAUUUACUUAAAGAAGACUUAUUGUGUAUUGUUUGCAAUGAAAUGGAUGUAGGGGCUAGAAAUAGACUCUUAGAGUGUUCUGAUUGUCACUCUUUGUAUCACCAAGAGUGCCACAAGCCUGUGGUUACUUUGGAGGACUCAUUUGAUGGCUGGGUUUGCCAAAAUUGCAAAGAUGCUAAUAAAAAGAAGCAACAAGUUUCUUCCUCGAAUGCAAGCAGUUCUGUACCAUCAAGUUCAUCUUCCUCGAAAUCUUCAAAAUCUAGCUCUUCACACAGACAUUCCUCCAGUUCCAGUUCUUAUAAGUCUAGCUCUAAGGAUAAAUAUAAAUCAAGUUCAAGCAGUAGCAAAUCAAGCUCAUCUAGCUCAAAACCAUCUAGUUCAUCUAGCUCUGCUUCAAGUUCAAGAAGUAGCGCCCCUCCUCACAAUUUAAAUAUUAUCAGUGCUGACAAAAGAUUGCAAAUAAUGAAGAAGAAAGCUGCCAAGUUGCAGGAAAAAAAGAAAUUACCCAGAUAAAUAAAUAUUAUACAUUGACA